AUGGACAAGCCGGGGGACGAGAACAUCGAAGAUGGCACACUACGAGUUGAGCACACACCCGACGGGAUAAUCAUUAGCGGCGAUACGUAUUUUAGGCCAUAUAUACUUGCUGACCCAAAUCCUGAGGGUGGUGGUCACCACCAUGUCCAAAAGAUUCAUUCUCCUCCUCCAAAGCCCGAGAACGGGAUUCUAAUUCAAGGAAUAAAGUGGUACAACGGUUACCGACGGAUCACAAAAAUUGACAUGGACUCAUCCGGAGAAAACUUGAAUCUCGAAUAUGAGCGGUGGUGGUUCAAGCGUGACAAAACAUGGCAGAAAUUACAGCCGUUCACAGUUGCAAUGAGGCGAGUACCUGCACCAAGUGGAUAUCCCUCACAGAGCAACUAUUUUGAGGGCGAUGUCAUAAAUCCAAGUCUCGGCCUAGCCAUUGGGCGGAUGGCAAUGGGCUGGGUGGCAGAGUCAUACCGCAAAGUGACAGUGGAGAUUGAUACCGUCUCUGGGCCCGAGCGACCCUUGAGCGACGGUGGUAACCAUGACUGGAGCACAGUUUUCUUUGAUAUAGGAUUCGAUCUGGAUCUCGUCCGGAGCGAUACUGCAGUCCCUCCACCUGGAGAUGACAGUUGGUCGGCAGCGGAGCUUCAUGCUGCUAUGCUGAUUUGGCGAGACAAAGUGGACCUUGACAAAGAAUGGCGUUAUUAUAUUCUAGCAGUCAAGCGUCUUGAUGCUCCGGCAUUAGGGUUGAUGUUCGACUACAGCUACAACAAUCAGAGCACGGAUACAAACAAGGUCCCAAGAGAAGGUGCCGCAGUUGGUGCGGACUGGGUUCUACCAGCAACAGGCGACAUAGACUGGGGCCAAGUGAAGGGACUUCCACUGGGCAAAGCGCUACCUGUCUAUUUUCGGACGGUUAUUCAUGAAACCGGUCAUGCCAUGGGGCUACUUCAUCCCAAAAUCCCACCGGAUAAUGGAUUCAUGACGGAAAGUCUGGUUAUUGCCAAAGCUGCCACUAAUGAUGUUCCCUUCCCAAAAAACAUCAAAUGGGCUUAUAGUGAUGAAGACUUGCGACGUUUACGGCACUGGCCCGAUAUCCAAAUUCGUCCUGGAGGAACUCCAUUUACUGAGGCGAUCGACUUCCCCUUGGAAGACAGAAAGGUUGAGAUCCAAGGUCUCAAUCUCAGUGUGGUGGCUUUUAUGACUGAAGUACCAAUUGGGGCUCCAGUUCGCAUCGAACUCAAGCUCGAGAACAAGGCCUGCACCCCUAUCCAGGUCCCUUCCUCCAUCAGCCUGAAUUCCCCCUUCGUUACUGGGUUCGCAACGGAAAUAGGCUCGGGGAAAUCAAAAACUUUCAGUCCCUUCUCGUUAUGCUCAGAAAGCACAUCUCCCUUUCAGUCUCUAAACCCCGGCUCCUCUAUAUUUUCCUCGCUCACACUGUUCGGCGGCCACGAAGGACCACUCUUUCCACUUUCGAGUCUCUACUCAGUCGCAUUCAAUAUUUCCUGGCCAUUAUGGACACCAAGAUCGGAAGCUCCUUCGAUUGCGUCCGUGUCUGGCACCAAUACUGUGUUUGUUACGCCCCCUCGUUCCGCCUCUCAUUCGAAAGCCGCCCAUAGACUAUUCGCAACAACAGACACGCACCUGGUUCUCGUGCUUGGAGGCGACUCCCCACACCUCGAAGAAGGCCGCAAAGCAAUUGACAUCGCGCUCCAAGAUAACGCUUUGCGGCCACACUGGGCUGUUAUCAAGGCCAAGAGGCUCGGAAGGCGUUUUAUGGAACGGAAACCGGACCUUCGGACGGCUCGUCAACUAGUAGCUGGAGGUAAUGUAGUUGCAACUCGACGUGAAAGACAAAAGCUAGAGAGCUUAGGCAUUUUAUUGGAUGAAGUCCAGAUUGGCGUGAAUGAAAGUGCCUAG